GCCACCACGCAUGCACGCGCCCCUGCGACUGUGCUGGCCCUGGCCUCUCGGCGUUAUUCCGCCUUCCUGACUACGCGCUCCGAAUCACUAGCGGGAGAUAUUUCACGUGACUCUGCUCUCUCGACCGCCUCUUUCUGGCUACGCUACUCGCGGGUUCCUGCGCUCGCCGGACCGACCGAGCUGCGGAAUAAGCUGGACUCGAGACUCCCCACGUCCCCCGUCCAUCCCUCCUAGCCGUCGCUUCUCCCACCCUGAUGAGUUAAAGCACAAGCACCUGCGCGCCCUCGUGUACGCCCACGCGAUCUGCUUUAUCCCUCAGCGGUUUCGCGGAGGAGCGUUACCGGCGGCCGGUACCGCGAACCCUGUGCGACUGGAGUAGCGCACGUGCGCUUAAUUGUCUACGCUUCGCACUGCCAUCCGACCUUAACUGUAUCCUCGGCUUUUGCGGCCAAGUGGCCCUGCGUAUGAUCGUUGCAGCCAUCGCGGAAGCCUGCCAUCAUGUCACGACUAAUUGUAAAAAAUUUACCAAAAAACGUUACCGAGAAGAGGUUGAAGCAGUUGUUCAGCGAGAAAGGGCUUGUUACGGAUCUGCAGCUUAAAUACACCGAAGAUGGCAAGUUUCGGAGAUUUGCUUUUGUCGGUUUUAAAAGCAAGGAUCAAGCGGACGAAGCGCUCCGUUUCUUUAAUAAUAGUUGCAUCGAUACCUCCAGAAUUACAUUGGAAUACUGCUCUGGGCUUGGUGACGCGUCGAAGCCCAAGUCAUGGAGUAAAUAUGCCCAAGACAGUAACGCUCAUAUGAAGAAUAACCAAGUUGCUGAGAAUUUGGCCGAGGAUGAGAAAGCAAAGAAGAAAUCUAAGAAUGUGAAAACUAGAGAUGAUGAGAAAAAGAUUGAUGGAACGAAAAAAUCAAGCAUGGACGGCUUUGUGACAAAUGAAAAGAAGAAUAAGAGCAAAAAUAAGGAUGUCAAGGAUAAUGAAAUAAAAGAAAUUUUUAAAAAACAUACUGACGAUCCAAUGUUUAGGGAAUUUAUGGAAUGUCGCAUGAAAGGAGAUUCCAAUGUUUGGCAAAAUGAUGUACUGCUCCCUUUGUGUGAAAACGAGGUAACCUCAAAUGUUGCUGAUAGCGACGCGAAUGAGAGCGAAUUGACCGAUAACGAGAAUUCUAAUACCAUGCCCAUAGCUAAUAAAGAUAUUACGGACAAAGAAUACAUGGAAGCGUUAAAAAAGAAAUCCAAUGUUGAAAAAAGUGUGAACAUUGAAAAAACAAAGAGAAAUUAUGGACCUCACAAGUUUUUUACUGUCAAAAUACAAGGGCUUGCUUAUAAUCAUAAAAAGAAAGAUAUUAAACAAUUUUUCAAAGGCUUCAAAGCUAAAUCGAUAAGAGUGCCGAGUAAAAUUAAAGGCAUAGCUUAUGUAGGUUUUGAAACUGAGAAGCAAAUGAAAAUGGCUCUUAAUAAAAAUAAAAGCUUUUUAGACGGUAAGCGGCUGUGUGUCAGUAAAUAUGAAAGAAUCGAGGAUGUUAAAAAAGACGUAACAAAGUCAUCAAACUUGAGAUGGAAGCAACAGGAGGAAACUCUUAAAAGCGAAGAAAGCGUAGCCGAAUCGGGAAGAAUUUUUCUAAGAAAUUUAACUUAUACGAUGAACGAGACAGAUAUUAAAAAUCUAUUUGAAAAAUAUGGUCCACUGACUGAGGUAAAUCUUCCAAUCGAUAAGAUUACGAGAAAACCAAAAGGAUUUGGUACUGUAACAUUUAUGAUGCCUGAACAUGCGGUUAAAGCCUACACAGAACUCGACGGUACAGUCCAGGAUGGUCGAAUGCUCCAUCUUCUACCAGCCAAAUCAAAAACGACGCCACAGGACUUACUUCUACAAGAUGGGCUUAGCUAUAAACAAAGGAAACAGCUGCAAGAUAAAGUGAACGCUGGGUCUUCGCAUAACUGGAAUACUCUCUUUUUAGGGCACAAUGCCGUUGCGGAUGCAAUAGCAACCACUUACAAUACUACAAAAGAAAAUGUGCUUCAAGAUAGUAGUAACGGCACUAGUAUGGCUGUACGUCUAGCUUUAGGUGAAACACAACUGGUACUGGAAACACAAAAGUUUUUGGAAGACAACGGCGUUUACUUGAAUGCAUUUAACCAGCCACCGAAUAAGAGAUCGAAAACUGUAAUACUUGUUAAAAAUUUACCUGUUGGGACCCACAUAAAGGAAAUAAGGGAACUGUUUUCUGUGUAUGGAGAGCUUGGUAGAUUAGUCCUGCCUCCGACAGGGGUUACAGCUCUCGUCGAGUUUGUUGAACCAUCGGAAGCUCGAAAAGCUUUUACAAAAUUAGCUUAUUCAAAAUUCAAACAUUUACCUUUAUAUCUGGAAUGGGCACCGGAUGAUAGUUUCACAUCUGCACAAGCAAAACGUUCGAUAGAUGAAGCAUCAAAAGAAAAUAAAGAAACGAAUAAUACUGAAGAUGAUAAAUCUAAGGAAGAAUUAAUUGCGGAUGACAGUAAAGAAAGUGAAAAAGAUAAUAAUAAAGAUGAUGAUAAGAACGAAGAAGAAGAUGAGGACGAGGAUGAACCAGAGCCUGAUACUACUCUUUUCAUAAAAAAUUUAAAUUUCACCACAACAGACGAGCAAUUACAAAAGUAUUUCUCAAAAUGUGGCCCCUUGCAUUAUGCAAAUAUCAGUAUGAAAAAAGAUCCCAAUAAUCCCGGUAAAAAACUAUCAAUGGGUUACGGAUUUGUAAGAUACAAAUUAAAAGUAGACGCGGAACGAGCUUUGAAGGAAUUACAAAUGCGCUCGUUAGACGGAAAAUCUCUUGAACUUAAACGCUCCGAGAGAACAUUGCAGACCGACGUAAAAACUACGAGAAAAUCGACUAAAAUUACAGAACAAACGGGAACGAAAAUUCUUAUAAGAAAUAUACCAUUUCAAGCGAAUGCUGAUGAAGUUAAGGAUUUGUUUAAGGCUUUUGGAGAACUGAAGGCUAUGAGAUUGCCAAAGAAAAUGGUUGGCGAUGAGAAACACAGAGGUUUUGGUUUCGCUGAAUUUUAUACGAAAAAAGAUGCAAAGAGAGCCUUCAAAGCAUUAUGCCAAAGUACUCAUUUAUACGGGCGUCGAUUAGUGUUAGAAUGGGCUCAAAAGCAUGAAGACAUUGAGGAACUUAGAAAACGUACCGCAAAACACUUUCACGAAGAGCAAACCAGUGAGAGAAGUAAAAAAGCAACUUUGGAUCCUGAAUCUGUUGGUUUAGAAGUUGUGUAGUACUGUAGUAAAUAUCUACAGUAUGUAAAUAUAUUAUAUAAAACUUGAACAAAACGAUAUCAAUUAUUA